AUGCCGACGGGUCUAACGUACGUGGUGACAGGAGGCUGCGGGUUUCUCGGCUCUCACAUCGUGGACCUCCUGGUGGAGAGAGGGACCGACAUCUCCGAGAUUCGCGUCGUGGACAUGAAACUGCGCGGCUACACCAAGGCUCCGGGGAAAUCAGGGGUCAAGGUCAAACUCAUCCGCGGUGACGUCACCAACAUGGCGGAGAUGACGGAGGUGUGCGCAGGCGCAGACGUCGUCAUCCACACAGCGUCACUGAUCGACGUCUUCGGAUUGGUCAGCGACGCGACCUUGUGGGACGUCAAUGUCAAAGGUACAGAGACCCUACUGCAGUGUUGUGUGAACGAAGAUGUGACCGGUUUUGUCUAUACCAGCACUCAGAACACCAUUGGACCCAACCGGCGCGGCGACCCUGUGGACGAUGGGAACGAGAGCACCCCCUACGACAGCUCGUCCCUUCCGCUGUACUACCACGUGACCAAGCGGGCGGCGGAAAUGGCGGUUCUGAGGUGGAACGGACGAAGCACAAAUGGCGGGAAAACUCUCCACACCUGCGCCUUAAGGCCGGGAGGUAUAUAUGGUGAUGGGGAGAUGAUGACGUUGAAGAUUUGGCGGGAAAUGGGGGUCGACCCGUUCGCCGGCCCCCUCCAGCGUAUCAGCCACCCUGACGUCAUCGGUUGCUGCGCUUACGUCGGCAACUACGCCUGGGCGCACCUCCUGGCCGCGCGUACGCUGCUGACGUUGCCUGGCAACGCCGGCGGCGAGGCGUUCUGCAUCACGGACGACACGCCGGUGCAGAACGAGCUGUCAACGUACAACGACAUAUGCGCCCCUAUCGGAAUCCGUUGGCAUGACAGCCUGCUCCUCCCGCUCUGGGUCCUCUACCUAAUCGCGUAUCUCCUCGCGUUGCUGCGUUUCCUCCUGAAGCCUUUUUACGACUUCGUUCCCCGCUUAACUCCCGGUGUUCUGACACUAGUCAACACCAACUUCUACUUUAACUACAAGAAAGCGACCCGUCUUCUCGGGUAUAAACCGCUUUUUACAUGGGAGGAGUCUAAGCGAAGAACGCGGGAAGGGCUGAUGGCUUGGAAGGCAAGGGAGUUCUCGCAGACUUCUGGCGCGGCUGCGUUUGUUUCCAAGAGUGGCUAGAGCGGCGCUUUCGCGAGUUCUCGUGGUGGUGGUGGUUUUGGGGGGACUUUUAGGGGGAAAGCUGUACGUGUAUCUAUGAAAAGACGUGCACAAGUCUCUCUCCGCAUUAGCGAAUCCGUAGCCCGUAUUAUGAAAAGAAAAUGCGGCUCAAUAAGUAAA